AUGUUCGGACUUGUCCAUUGUGAUGAAUCAAUUUUAGCACGACAAGCUACUGAUCCGAAGCUUUUUUUUGUUCGAACAUUAGUCAAAAAUUGGCUUUGGCCUAUUAUAACUUGUUUUGGUGUAACCGGCAAUAUUCUUGCCAUAAUUGUACUUACAAAACGUCGUAUGAUUAUGUCGUCAACAAAUAAUUAUUUAGCUGCAUUAGCUCUCGUUGAUAUAGCUUAUCUUACAUUAACACUUAUACUCAAUACAUUUCAACAUCCAUGUUUUACUGGUACUUCAUUAUCGGCUAUACUCUUAACAAUAUGUCGACCAAUAGCAGAUUUUUCAUCAAAUACAAGUGUUUGGCUUACAGUUACAUUUACAAUUGAACGUUGGGUGGCUGUAACUUAUCCAUUACAAAGUCGUACAUGGUGUACUGUAAGUCGAGCAAGACGAAUUAUAAUAAGUGUUAUGUGUGCUGCAUUAAUAUGUACAUCACCAUCAGCUUUUGAAAUGAAACUUGUACGUGUUACUGAAAUAAAAAAUUUGACCGAACCCAAUGAAAAAACAUUAUUGACAAGCCGUAUAUGUGCUAAACCAACCGUAUUAGGCAGCAGUUUACUAUAUCAUCAAAUUUAUUUUAAUUUUGUUACAUUUGCUAUUAUUUGGAUACCAUUAUUAUUUCUUGCUAUUUUUAAUACAAUUCUAAUUAUUCAUGUUCAUCGUUCAAAACAAAAAGAACAUCGAAAUAGUGAAGGAAUUCAAUUACGUCGACAUAAUCAAGGAAGCCAAGGUGAACAAAGAAAAACAACAAUUAUGUUAAUUGCUGUUGUUAUUGUAUUUACUGUAUGUCAAAUACCGCAAGCAAUAUCUUUAACAGUUCAAUCAUUUUUUCCUAUAUUAUCUCAAGCACCAAAAGUUCUUAUUUAUAACAAUUUUGCAAAUUGUUUAGUUGCUUUAAAUGCUUCAAUAAAUUUUGUAUUAUAUUGUUGCUUUUCGGAUCGAUUUCGUUCAACAUUUAGUUCAAAUUUUUCGUUUUUAAGUAAAUAUUGUGCACCUUAUGUUGUAGCCAAUUGGAAAUUAAAACCAGUUAAUAAUAAACAUUCAAUAUCCAUUGAUAAUAUGUCAUCUAAUUAUCUGGAUAAUCAUUCAAAUUAUUCAGUACAUGGACAAAGUACAAAUCCUCGUUUAUCAAAUAUGAGUUGUGAAAUGAAUCAAAAACGUUUAAAAAGAUCAUCGAGUAAUCAUUCACACAAACAAUCACAAAUAUCAAAUCAAAACCCACGAUCUUGGGCAUCAACGUUAUCAAAAUUUAAAUCAUAUAAAAAAGAAAAAAUUAGUUUGAAACAAAAAUUAAUAGAACAAAUAAAUGAAACGUAUCCCAGUUCACCGGUAACAACUGUUACAAGAAAUUCAUCAUUAUUAGUUCCACAAUCUCCUCGAUCAAAUAUUUCAACAACUCGUGAUAUUACAUUUAAAUAUUCUCCUGUAGAACCAAAACCAAUAUAUACAUCAAUUAUGUCUUUUACAAAUACAAAAAAUCCGUCAAAACACUGUUCAUCAUCAUUGUAUGUAUUAAGUGGACCAAUUUAUAUAGACUGUACAACAGACAGAUUAAAAAAAACAUUUAGUGUUGGACCUCAUUGUAAAAGAAAACCAAUAACAUUUCAUUCACAACAAUCGUUAUAUGAUAAUAAUACAGAACAAAUUUGGAUAAAACGUCAUUUAUCCAAUAGUACUAUUGAAAAACAUUUCGAUCAAGAAAAACCGCUUUUAUGGAAAGAAAUAAAUGACAUUACUGUAUAA